AUGUGCAUUGGUAAUUUAAGUUUCUACACAACAGAGGAGCAAAUAUAUGAAGUGUUUGCAAAAUGCGCGAGCCCCGAGGACGGUGGGGGCAUUAAACGCAUUAUUAUGGGAUUAGACAGGAACACAAGAACACCUUGUGGCUUUUGUUUUGUGGAAUUCUACACGCACGCUGAAGCUUUGGCCAGCAUGCGCUAUGUCAGUGGGACGAAACUCGACGAACGGAUAAUUCGGUGUGAUCUCGACUUGGGGUACAAAGAAGGCCGACAGUUUGGACGGGGGAAGAGUGGGGGCCAGGUAAGAGACGAACAUCGACAGGACUACGACCCAGGACGAGGUGGAUGGGGUGCGCAAGCGCAACGACUGGAGAUCGAGAGGAGGCGUGAGGUGGAGGAGAGGUAUGCUGACGCCCAGGACGGCCCUGGUGCUGUCGCUGGCGGAGGAGGAGAGUGGAAGCAAGAUGAGGCUGCAGGAGCUGAGCGGACCUUGAAGAGAGGACGGUCACCAGAUGAUGAAGGGGAAGGACGAGAAGGCCAAAGAACCAAAAUGGACGAUGUAGAUGCUGAAAGGAUGUAG